AAAUGGUUUUGCUUGAUGUCUGAUUUGAUUAUUGAUAUUUUGUUAUUGAAAUUUCUUCAACUAUGUUUUGAAUUCCACUGUUCUUCUAAGCAUUUGAUUAAUGUUAUUGGAGAAAUAAAUGAUCUGAUUAUUUUUCCUUUACAUCCAAGGAAAUUGGAGAAAGAAUUAUCAGGAGGAAGAACUCAUUUUGUUCAGACUUGUGGUCUGCCAAUAAGUACUUACUUCAGUGCAUUAAAGGUACUAUGGUUGAUGGAAAAUGUGGAUGCUGUUAAACAGGCUAUUGAAAAAGGAGAUGCUCUGUUUGGAACUAUAGAUACUUGGCUAAUCUGGAAUUUAACUGGUGGAGUGAAGGGCGGCUUGCAUGUGACUGAUGUCUCUAAUGCAUCUCGGACUAUGCUCAUGAAUAUCAAAACUCUUGAUUGGGAUAAACCCACAUUGGAAACCCUCGGAAUUCCUGCUGGAAUUCUGCCCAAAAUUGUAAGCAACUCUGAGAUUAUUGGAAAUGUUGGGAAGGGGUGGCCAGUUACUGGUCUUCCAAUUGCAGGAUGUCUUGGUGACCAGCAUGCUGCAAUGUUAGGACAAGCAUGUAGAAAGGGUGAGGCCAAAAGCACAUAUGGAACUGGUGCUUUCAUACUUCUCAACACCGGCGAGGAUGUAAUUCAGUCAAAGCAUUGGCUUCUAACCACUCUGGCUUUUAAGCUUGGCCCAAAAGCACCUACUAAUUAUGCUUUAGAGGGUUCCAUUGCUAUUGCUGGAGCUGCAGUUCAGUGGCUUAGAGAUAGUCUUGGGAUAAUUAGUAGUGCAAGUGAGAUUGAGGAACUUGCAAAGCAGGUUGAGUCAACUGGUGGCGUGUAUUUUGUGCCUGCUUUUAAUGGACUGUUUGCUCCAUGGUGGCGUGAUGAUGCUCGUGGGGUUUGCAUUGGGAUCACAAGGUUUACAAAUAAGGCUCACAUUGCUCGUGCUGUACUUGAAAGCAUGUGUUUUCAAGUUAAAGAUGUGUUGGAGUCAAUGCACAAAGAUGCAGGGGAGAAAGGUGAACAUAGGAAUGCAAAGGGGGAGUUCUUGCUUAGAGUGGAUGGUGGUGCAACUGUUAACAACCUUCUGAUGCAAUCUCAGGCAGACUUGUUGGGAUGCCCAGUUGUGAGACCAGCUGAUAUAGAGACAACUGCUCUUGGAGCGGCCUAUGCUGCUGGUUUGGCUGUUGGGGUUUGGAAAGAGGAGGAGAUAUUUGCUUCUGGAGAAAAGGUUAAGAUGACGGAUACCAUUUUCCGCCCCUUAAUAGAUGAAAACCUAAGGAAGAAGAAGGUGGAUUCUUGGUGCAAAGCUGUGGAACGAACUUUUGGCUUGGCUGAUCUUUCAAUAUGAAGAAAUUCAUGGUGGUGCUUUAUGUCCCUUUUCUUCUCUUCUUUUUUUAAUUAUUUCUUGGCCCUUAGUUAUCCAUUUAAAUGACUGAGAUUAAUCCUUAAUAGAUACAUUGUUAAUUCCUGUCUAUGUUUAUAUCGACCCUGAAAUAAUAAAUAUGAUUAGUUGGUUGUUUUCCCUCUUGAUAA